GGCGUUUGGUGCUCAUAUGGUUUGCGCCGCAGUGAUUUAACACGCGCUUAUAAACCCGCCUGCGUAUAUAUACUGCUGAUGAAGUAUGGUUUUUGCGUCUCACAGCGAUGCAGCAUCUUGCUACGAUGAUACCGACAUUUGUGUAUAUUUCUAUCGCUCUGGUUACUCUUUGGGCAGUCGCCUUUCGGAAACGACAGCGCUAUCGGUAUCCUCCUGGCCCUAAAGGGCUUCCAAUUAUCGGCAAUAUCCUUGAUAUACCAAUCAAGUUUGGCUGGUUUACAUACAGAGAUUGGGCGCGUCAGUAUGACUCCGACAUCAUUCAUCUCGAGGGCCUCGGCCUGCACAUUGUGGUGCUCAACAGUGCCAAAGCCGCUAAAGAUCUGUUUGACAAGCGGCAUAAUGUAUACUCGGACAAAGAGCUAUCUUCUAUGAUGCUUGAAGUCACUGGGCCCACUCGCAACUGGAUAAUGAUGCCCUACGGUGAUUAUUGGAGGGAGCAUCGCCGACUGUUCCACCAGCAUUUCCGCCCUCUCGCACUCCCACAGCAUCAUCCUAAACAAUCGAAGGCCGUUCACAGACUAUUACAGCUACUACUAGAUUCCCAAGAGGACUUCGUACCGCAUGUUCGCUAUAUGGCAGGAUCAUUGAUUCUUGAGGUCAUUUACGCCUUUGACGUCCAGCCCGAUGACCCCCGUCUUGCACUCGUGGAGAAAGCUAUGAACGCAGGCGACGAGAUCGUCAGCGAAGGAGUUUUCCUUGUUGAUAUCUUUCCGAUCUUGAGGCGUGUGCCGGUAUGGUUUCCUGGCGCGCGUUUCAAGCGUAAAGCAGCCGAAUGGAAGGCUCUGGUCGAUACCAUGUACGAGGUACCUUACAGUUUAUUCAAGACUGCGAUGAAAGAAGGCAGCGCUCAGCCGUGCUUCGCUCUAUCUCUACUGUCCAAUGCCGACGCGUCAGAUAUGUCAAGACUUGACGAAAUAUUUCUUUCACUCACAGGGACAGCAUACUCAGCUGGCGAGGACACGACAACCAUUACAAUUACCACGUUCAUCCUCGCCAUGAUCUUGAAUCCUGAGAUACAAGCAUUCGUGCAAGAGGAGCUUGACAAGGUUAUCGGCAACGAUCGAUUACCGGUGAUUAACGACCAGCCGUCUCUUCCUCGUGUCACAGCUGUGAUGCAUGAGGUCUUACGACAAUACCCCGUUCUGCCCCUAGCGACUCCCCACCGUGCGAUGGCCGAUGAUGAGUACAAUGGUUACCAUAUUCCUGCAGGUUCGAUGGUCAUUGGUAACACGUGGGCGAUUCUCCACGACGAGGAGACGUACCCCGACCCGCUGACAUUCAACCCGAAAAGAUUCCUGUCUGAGGACGGAACAACGCUCCGAGACGAUGUCCCUCUCCCCACUGAGGCGUUCGGCUAUGGACGCAGGAUUUGCGCUGGCCGUCACUUCGCCAUGGACAUGCUCUUCCUAGUUAUAUCGAACCUUCUCGCCGUCUUCAACAUCGAGAAAGCCAUAGACGAGAAUGGCAAGCCUAUCGAGAUCAAGGUGGAAUUUACUCCGCACGUCUUCAGCCAACCGAAGCCUUUCAAGGCUCGUUUCAAGCCGCGUCAUGCAGGAGCGGAGAAUCUGAUACGGUCUGCAGCUCAAGUGGACGCGUAGGCUAUCUGUCCUUGCCAGGGGAUAGGCAUGUCGAGGUUAUUGGGCGUUUUCAUUAGUUGUUUGCUUUUGGCAUAGAUUAGUCGGCCGCCGCGGCGAUUCAUCGGCGAGAGUUCAACCUUUCGCGCGCUCAAAGACUUUCCCCAACUCUUAGCGUGAACAUCCGCAUGUCCUACACGCAAGUAAUAUACUGGCUGUAUUAUAGAACGAACUGAGUGUCUAUCUUGUAGGUAGAUGCAUUCUGGAGAAUCUCCCGGACUCUGG